AUGGCAAAAAAUAUGGAUGCCGACAUAGAUGUGACAUCUAUGACAGAUGAUGCUAUGCUGAAUCCUUAUAAAGUUUCGCUUGGUGGUGAUAAAGAUGUCGACAAAGAGGUUUAUUUAAGUAAGCUUACGGGAAGUAAACUUACUCAGCCAAUCGAAGAACAAGUGUACGAUGGAGAAGGUGUUGAUGAUGAAGAUCAGAAUGAAAGUUUUGAAAGCAGUGAAGGGAAUUCGUGUAGUGGAAAGCAGUCCAGGAAGAAUCCAUCGCUGUGGCAAAAACCGGAAGUGCGACGUAUCAUUGAGGAUUUUAUUAAUAAGGAUAUAACUUCAAGAGGUGCUGCUAACAAGAUUUCAGAUAUUAUGGGUAGAAACGUUUCACAUUCCACAGUUCUCACUUACGCUAAUAGAUUUCUACGAAUGAUUCUUUUUUUUUCGCACGGAGUAAAACGUGAAGAUGAUGGUGACGAAUCGUCGUCCUAUCAGGUUGUCGAACUAGAAGAUUCGCCAGCGCCGACUGACGAGGUUGGAUUUGAUGUUCAUUUUGAACUUGUGAAAACAAGUCGCGGUAACGAUAAUGGUCUAGCAGUAUAUGAAGAUAAUAAUUUCGUUCGUGUUUAUCGACGAACUAGCUCUACGGGUCGAAGUGCAUCAUAUCGUUGUUCCACUUGUGAUCAUCUUUAUGAAAAACUUGGUCAAGGCGAACGACCAACCAUCAAGAUGCGUGACAAUGUCAUCAUAACGGAACCGUUUCCUACCCAUAAUGCAUUGUGUAGUCCAGCACCAUUGGAUGUUUUUCGUAAAAAUCAAGAAGACUUGGAGGCACGACAAUUAAACAUAUGUAGACGUGUGUUAAGUAAUUCCCGGUUCAAGGAAAUGAGAUGGGGAAGGCACUACGAUCCUAUUGGUUAUGUUAUAAAACCAAUUAAUGAGGAAGAAGAAGCUAUAAAUAAAUGCAUUGAAAGCCUCUUAACAAGAUGUGGUGGUACUGCAGAUAUGGAAGAUGAAGAUAAAGAGGCGGUGUUAAGAGAUCUGAUUGAGGGCUACAAACGUGGAGAAGUUUCUAGUUUAACGGAGCUUGCAAAACUGAUCAAAGAAAAUUUGGAUAUUGAUGUUUCUAGUCCAACACUCUGUCGAUAUCUGAAGAAACAGAACGAAGAUAAAGCUCAACUGUCAGUGGAACCGGAAGAAAGUGAAAGCGUAUUGAUAGCUCGUCCCGGACUGUCGAAAUACUUGAACGAAACACUUAUUACAGUGCCUGAAAAUGAGGGGUUUCGGCAGUAUUCUUUCAUGAAAAGAUCAUCGGAUGGU